GAAAAAAAAAAAGAAAAAUUGGGAUUUCUUUGUUCUGUGUUUGUAAUUCAAAUGGAAAGUAAUUUAAGGUGUUAUUGUUAAUCAUUAGGGUAAAAGAUUAACAAACAAAAAGAUGCGUCGGGAGAUCUCGAUUUUGGUACAACCUCGAUGCCUUCUGCUCUUCAUCGUCCUCUCAAUUUUCGUCAUUUUCUCUUUAUCCGGUACUAAACGGGAGGAAGAGAAGACUGUAGAAGAGGAGCAUGAGAUCACCCACAGAGUCUACUUGGAUGUUGAUAUUGAUGGCCAGCGCGUAGGUAGAAUCAUCAUUGGAUUGUAUGGCGAAGUUGUGCCAAAAACUGUUGAAAAUUUCAGGGCUUUGUGUACAGGAGAGAAAGGCAAGGGUGCCAGUGGGAAAGCCCUUCGUUAUAAGGGAAUACCAUUCCAUCGUAUAAUAUCCGGAUUUGUGAUUCAAGGUGGUGAUAUAGUUCAUGGUGAUGGAAGGGGAAGUGAGUCUAUAUAUGGUGGCACCUUUCCUGAUGAGAACUUUAAGAUAAAAAAUUCACAUGCAGGUGUAGUUUCCAUGGCUAAUACAGGACCUGAUUCUAAUGGCUCCCAGUUUUUUAUCACCACUGUCAAAGCCAGCUGGUUGGAUGGAGAGCAUGUUGUUUUCGGUAAGGUUAUUCAAGGCAUGGACAUUGUGUAUAUGAUCGAAGGUGGAGCUGGAACUUACAGCGGGAAACCUAGAAAGAAGGUCAUAAUUGCUGACUCUGGAGAGAUACCAAAGAGCAAAUGGGAUGAGGAAAAUUGAAGCUCCUGGUUUCUAUUAACAACAGAAAGUUUUGUGUUUUGACUCUGCUGAUUUUGUUCUCUAUAUAAUUGAUUUAUACUUUGCUCCACUUGUAUCAUUGCCACCAUAAAUUACUGGCACGAAUUAGAUCAAUGAGUCACAGGCUUCACUUUGAAAAUAUUGUAGCUUGCCCUUUUCUUGCCCUUCCUUCAGCUAUCAUAUCUGGCUACUGUUAUUAACGCUAACAAUUUUUUAAGUAAUCGCAAGGAAUGUAUUCCUUUCUAUUA